AUGGAACACGUUAUUAUCGUUGGUGGAGGCCUCGCUGGCCUUUCGGCUGCUCAUACUGUCCUUGAGCGUGGCGGGCGUGUCAUACUCCUCGACAAGAUGUCAUUCUGUGGUGGUAACUCUACCAAGGCCACUUCUGGUAUCAACGGGGCACUGACCGCCACUCAAAGGAAGCAGGGCAUUCCUGACAGCCCGGAACUCUUCGAAAAGGACUCCCUCAGAGGCGGUGCUGAGCGGCCCGAUCUCAUCAAGGUUUUGACCCACGAGAGCGCUGAUGGCGUCGAUUGGCUCAUUGAUCGAUUCGGUCUUGACUUGUCAUUGCUUUCGAGACUUGGCGGUCACUCUAUGGAGCGUACCCAUCGCGGAAAGGCUCGUUUUCCUGGUAUGACAAUUACUUAUGCUCUUAUGGAGAAACUUGAGGAAAUUUGCGAGAAGGAGCCAACUCGAGCUAAGAUGAUCAUGAAGGCCAAGGUUGACAAGCUGCUGACUGAUGCCUCCGGUGAAGUGAUUGGGUGCGAGUACGUUAAGGACGGCAAGACCCAUGCACUGUUUGGGGCCGUUGUCUUGGCUACCGGCGGCUUUGGUGCUGACUUUACCGAUGGCUCUCUAUUGAAGCAAUACUAUAGUGAGCUAGCUUCUUACAACACUCGUGUCAAUGUAGGAUAG